GAGGCCCCCAUGUCAUUAUCCACAGAGAGUAGACUGAAACAAGAGUUUACUGUCUCUGUGACGAAAUUUGACAGACAACGAGUGAUAUGUGGAGUCUUUGAAACUGAAUACUGGCAGCUAUCUUGAUUCCACCUGGACGUAUAAUUAAGGAUGUUCUGAUGCCGGCGAAGCUACUGGAAAUGUGGACAGGAGAGCGAACUGACAUGGAUCAAGGGAGGGAAACUCAGUCAAACAAAAACAUUUCUCAUUCAAUUGACGAAAUUCUCAGAAAGCCCACGAGUGUCAGAGAGGAGCAUAGAGUUCUUCGAAACUGGUCUGUCAUAAUAGAAAACAACCAACUGACCAACCAGAACUCACACACAGAUACUCCACAAUUUAGACUAAUUGAAGAGUUUCCAAAAUCUGUCAUGAACUGGAAGAGACAGACAAAGAAGAGGCAAACCAGGGUAGCUUUCACACCGUUUCAAGUGCAGGAGCUUGAGGCAGUUUUCCUAAAGACUCACUACCCCAAUGUGGACACCAGAGAUGAGCUAGCCUCACGCCUGCAGCUCUCCGAGGGACGCAUACAGAUCUGGUUCCAGAACCGCAGGGCCAAGUGGAGGAAAACUGAAACCCUCAAAGAAAUAGAUAUGAUGAGCAGGCAGUCCUUGCAUUCAACCAGUCAUCAUCUGCUUUAUCACAAGGAGCCCCCGCUGCAUGCGGCGUGCUGGCUGCCAUGCUGCUUACCUAAACCUUUUCGAUCGGGCCUCUGCUUCAGAUUCACACCAACACAGGCUGUGCUGACCGACACACACUCCCCAAGUCACAGGACUCUCUGUUUUGACACACUGAGGACAGAACGAUAGCACUGUUGUUAUCUUGCAAUGUUGACAGAAUUCUUUUAAAGUCUUAUUUUUAUCAAAUGUGAUAACAAAAAUGACUGUGAGUCUGAGUGUGUGUUGAAAGAUGCUGUAAUCUUUGAAAUGUAAUAACUAGUCUAUCUAAUUUCCAAUACAUGUUACAUUGUGAGUUCCAUGAAGAAAUUGAGAUCAAGCUCAGUGUCACCUACUGAGGCUUUUCUUCUUUCUUUUUUUUUUAUUCACAAAUAAAGUUGACUUCUGAAUGUAAA